UUUCUCGUUAGUCGAGGGCCAAGAGACUCGUACGUACGUAGCGUAGCGCGCGAGCUAUCGAGGAGAUUCAGUAGCCGAGCACGUUGCCGCUGUUACUCUACUACUAUAAACGCUGCUGUUUUGUUCCUGCCUAUAACUGCACCUCACUUCUCUCUCUUCUUACUCUCUCUCUCUCUUUUAUAUAAACAUUCACGAACGCAUUUUCGCGGAAUAUUCGUUUGACGAAGCGCACGCGCACGCCAAACUUUACGCGGGGAACGCUAAUAAACUAUCCCGCCUGCAUAGUACCCGCGAAAGGGGCUGCUAAGGGCACCUAUACACGAGUCUUGAUCGCCCUCGAUAUACCUCGCAAGGGUGGGGAGAACCGGGGUUACCAAACAAAAGGAAGCGGUACAACAAAUGGGAAGCGAGCCAGAAAACGAGAGAAAAAGAGGGAAAGGGCUCGCGGAGCAUCGUAAAAAGGGAGAGAGAUAGAACUGCCUUUUCCUUUCAAAUAUUACCCGCUGCUGCAUAUCGUGCUUAUUGUGAUAAAAGUGAAAAUAACGAGGUUCGAAAUAAAAAGUACAAUACACUCAUGUACAAGUAUACUUUAUUGUAUUUUUGGUGAUCAAACGUGUACUGGACUUCUUGACCUUCGUAAUAAUAUUCGAUGCGAGUUUUUGUAAAUAAACGAUAAGCUUCCGAAACUCAAUUUCUGUAGUUUCACUGCUUCGACGUUCAUUGGUCUCUUAACACAACGCUGGAGAAUUUGCUAGCUUAAAAAAAAAACAAAUUUUUCCAAACAGUAAUAACUCUGAGGUGAAAGAAAUCUAAGGUCAAUCGCCUCUUCCACACCGCCGUGGCAGGGCGAGAGUGACAGUGACGUCUGGAGCACAACGAAAGAGACAGAAUCUUAAAUAAAAAGUCCGAGCUCUUGAACAACAGAGGCCAGUGCAAAGCCGCGUAUCCUGCCACGUUUGUGGCGAGCUGCACGAUCUCUCAAACUCCGCUCUCUCGGUUGUUCCCCUCCGUUGGGGAACACGUUCCGAGACGAACCAACGGGGUCGCCACAAACGAUAGCAGUGUGUUCAGGGGAAGGGGGAAAAAUAGUACAGACGCUCGCCGCGUGGGACACACAGCUGGCGCAGCCGGUUCUCGAUAGUUUUUCGUGUGUAUGCGUGCGCGCUGUUACGCGUUCGUUUUGUCCGGUUUUUCUCGUAUGUAUCUUAUUGUACGGGUCUGUUUGGAACCUGCGUGUUACCAAAAAAAAAUAUCAGUGAUAAUAACAUUUUAACGGACAAUUUACAUUUCGUUUUAAAAGGAAACUUGAAUAAUUGAUAAAAUUUCAAAGCAUUCGAUCGACUCGGUCGAUCGAGCUUAUUUUCUUUUCAACAUUUAUUUUCACUGCGAAGGAUAAACAAAAACCGACAUCAUGUAUAAGUUACUAGGAAGUUUGAGCGAGUAUUUGAAAUGGCAGGAGAUCAAAACGGACUCUAUGGUCUUUCGAAUGCACAACCUUUUUACGACAGUGCUAUUGCUUACGUGCUCAUUGAUAAUCACUGCCACCCAGUAUGUCGGGAACCCGAUAUCGUGCAUCGUUCAAGGAUUACCUGUCCAUCCCAUAAACACCUACUGCUGGAUCACUUCGACUUUUACGAUGCCGGAUGCCUUCAAUCGUCAGAUCGGUGUCGAAGUCGCUCAUCCCGGUGUGGCCAAUGAUUUCGGAGACGUCGAUGCCAGGAAGUACUACACCUACUAUCAGUGGGUUUGCUUCGCCCUCUUUUUCCAGGCGAUUCUUUGCUACGUGCCUCAAUGGCUGUGGAACAUUUGGGAAGGAGGUUUAAUCAGCACUCUCGUUAUGGGCAUGAACCACGGACUGGACCAGGAAAAAAUUUCGAAAAAGAAAACCAUUCUAAUGGACUAUUUGGUCUCUCAUAUAAGGAAUCACAACUCGUACGCCUAUCGUUACUUCGUCUGCGAGUUUCUCUGCCUGAUCAACAUCUUCCUGCAGUUGUAUCUGAUGAAUCGUUUCUUCGACGGUGAAUUUUUGAGCUACGGUCUCCGAGUGCUGCAAUUUUCGGACGCCCCUCAAGAGGAGCGAGUCGAUCCGAUGGUCUACGUAUUUCCCCGAGUGACAAAGUGCAUCUUCCACAAAUACGGAGCCUCAGGAACCAUCCAGCAGCACGAUUCUCUGUGUAUUCUGCCGUUGAAUAUCGUAAACGAGAAAACUUACAUAUUCAUAUGGUUCUGGUACGUCAUUCUUUCGGCGUUGCUCGUCGGGCUCGUGCUUUACCGCGCCGCCAUCAUUUUCGCUCCGGCGAUAAGACCGAGGCUACUUCAUUUCUCGUCGAGGCUCCUGUCCAUCGAGACAUGCUCGAACAUCAGUAAAAAGGUCGACAUCGGCGACUGGUGGAUCCUCUACGUUCUAUCGUCGAACAUGGAUUCCCUCGUUUAUCGUGACAUGCUCGAAGAACUGACGAAAAAAGUCGGCCACCGCGCUCAGGCCUCGUCCUCGAGUCCAUAAUCCUCAAGUCCUUUAGCAACUGACGAGAAAAAUAUGAAAUUCUUUCACUCUCGUCGCUCCUAGCGAUCUUUCAUUUUUCUUUUCAUCGCGCCCCCGUCGGUAAGAGAGAUCACCGCAAACCCUACCAUUAUCUCUCUCUCUCUCUCUCCUAUACUCACGACAUCAAAGAAUCAUUGAUCGCAACGCGUACCGAUUAAUUUUCGUGGAAAUGAUCCUCCUUAGAAAUUACGUUGUCGCGUGAGCACGGAUCUGUCAACGUUUCCUUCAUUUCUCGUGAUUCUCUCUUUAAACUCGCCCAAACUCGAUUACGAUCGAUAGACAAAUGUAAUUUUUUUUUUUCAUUCAUAUAAUAUAUAUUUUCGAUAGUCAUAAGAAGUAGCUUAGUAUUUUAAAUUAUAUGAAUAUAUGUAUAUAUACAUAUACAGAGGACGUAUCGAUCGCGCGUAAUACGUUCGACCUUAAAGAGCGUUAAGAAGAUAUUCGAGCGAAGGAUCAUCGCGAGAUUGCUCAAGGCUUUAUGUUUAUUCGAGUCGUUUUUUCCGCAGCCUCCUUCGAGUUUUGUUGCUUCUGUUGUUUUUUUCUAAAUGUUAAAAACGUCGUUUUUCAUCGGGUGUCCUACAAUCUCGUGUGUUUAAUGUCAAGGCUCGAUUUGAACGCACACCGCGUACAAAGACUGAACGAGACUGAGGCGAGAAAAACGUUGGCCUGCGGAAACAACGACUCCUUCGUUCAAGAUUCGUAGAGAUUCGAGUCGAGUAGAUUUUUUUUAUGUGUUUUCGUUUUUUUUCGUAGAUAGUUUUUACGAUUUAUAUUAUUUUCGCACAGAGGCUUUCGUCGUCGUUGAGAUGGUAGAAAAACGGCGACGUUUCAAGCACAAACUGACAAUAAUUAUGACUACAGUCGACGAUGGCAGUCAUCGUUCACGCUAAGAAUAAUAAUUGCGAUUAUAAAUUUUAAUCGCAAGCACCCAUCCAACAAGAUAUUAAUCCAUUUUGAUAAUCGUUUUUCAUCUAGUUUUUUAUCUUCUUGAUAAAUCUUGACUCGAAGUAAUUUUUCGAUAUUUGUGAUACGACAGAGCUGAACAGGGACCUACAGAACUUUUGGGCGUUGUGAAAAUAUAAUUGAGAUUCGAUUAAACGUUUUCGUAGAGUUUGCCCGUGCAACUGAAUAUCGCUACUGAGUAUCUGGCAUCGUAACAAUGUUUCGGAAAUGAGAGAGAAUCGAACAUUGCCCAGAUACACUCUUAUCAUCGCCUCACCUCCUUUUUUCAGAGAUACACCAGUGCGAAAGGUCAGGUUUCAUAAGCUGUACGAUAGAUAUAUUAGAAAAAUAUAUAAACGAUUUUUUAAAAAGAUAUUAUAUUGUGCCUGAUUUUACUCUGUGUACAGAGGCGAAAAUUCUGCAUUCAUUGUUUUUCUGUAAUGUUGUUUAUCUUUAUAGAAAACAAGGAAAUACUUGAUGUAGCGUUGGUCUCGAAAUGUAAUAAAACGGUAUUCGAUUUAUUGUGA